ACUCAUCUGGACUAACCUUUGAUCAAACUCAAGUAUAUACAGAUAUAUAUAUAUAUAUAACAUGUAUUACGCACUUCUAUAUCUAAUAUACACAUAUAUAUUGAUGAACUAAAGAUACCCACUAAUACUGACCAAAUAAUUAUAUUAUAUUCCAAAAGGAACAAGUGCCAGAGCUGGGUAUGAGGACAUCUUAGCCCAUGGCUAACUGGUUGUGGCGCGUUUGGCUCACCAAUUGAUCACCUGUCUGCAUCACUGCUUGGACUUUUCCCGACCCAAAAUUCAAUUGUGUCGUUCACUUGGCUCUCUCCCACCAGACAAAAAGAGUCAAUUUUUAAACCCUUAAUUUCCUUCACUCCCCUCCUAUAAAUUCUUUCACUUUCUUGAUUCAUUAACCAAACAAGAUCUCUCUGCUUUAUAUAUAUUAUAUAUCACUUUUUUCAUACAACGAUAGCAGGUAUUUGUACUUGUAGUAUUAUGUGAUAUGGAGCUUCAACUAGGCCUCGCUCUUCCCACCCAGAAUCUCUCAAGGGGGUUUGAUUUAAAUGACGUCGUUAUCGGGUUCGACCACAAGGAGAAUAUGGAGAGUUUGGAGAGUUGUGAAGGAAGACCGUGUUUGGGUAGAGAGAAGUUUGUGAAGAACAAGCGUGGGUUUGGCGAGGCGUUUGGGAAAAUUAAUUUUGAUGGGUCCCAAACAGUGCCUUUGCUUGUGUGGAAUGGAGGGGAGUCAAACGAGGAUGACGAUCGUCGAAGAGGAGAAAAGAAGAGUAAUCAUUCCUCCGCCAUUAACAAGAAUGGCGAGGAGGAGAAUGGAGUUGUGGGGUGGCCGCCGAUCAAGUCGUGGAGGAAGAAUAUGUUCUUGCAGCACGAACAACGUGGUGGUGGCAGGAUGAAUAUCACUCAUAACAAUAACACUAAUCAAAGGACGGCAUUAAUGGCGGGUGUUGCAGAAAAUGGGGUUGGUUCAUCAAAGCCAAUGUUUGUGAAAGUGAAGAUGGAAGGAGCAGCAAUAGCAAGAAAAAUUGAUCUGAGCCUUUAUCAUUCUUAUCAGAUUCUCAAAAACUCUUUGAUCGCCAUGUUUGCUAAAUAUCAAAGCUGCGACACUAAUGGCGUUGCAGGUUACACACUGACUUACCAGGACAAAGAAGGAGAUUGGCUACUUGCAGGAGACCUUCCAUGGCA